AUGAACUUCGCCUAUUUCGCUUGGCCGCUGGGGCGCCGCUUUUGUCGGCCCCUGGGCCGCACCUUGGGGAUCACCUUGGCCACCGGCGCCAGCGCCAUGCUGGCGCCGAAGCGUGGCUUCGUGCGGGCGGAUGACACGGAACUGACGGAGGAAGAGAGGAGGACUGUGGAACUCUUCAAGCAAUGCAGUGGCUCAGUGGUGCACAUCAACACUUUCGCCAACCAGAAAGCCCUGAUCCGUGGCACCUGGGGCCUUUCUGUGGAUCUACAAGAGAUUCCUCAGGGUACAGGGAGUGGCUUUCUUUGGGACAAGGAGCAUAUUGUCACAAACUACCACGUCAUCAAGGACGCUGAUCGAGCCACAGUUACCUUUGCAGACCAUUCUGUGCGUGAAGCACUACUGGUAGGUGCUGAACCUGACUGCGACCUGGCGGUGCUCAAAUGCAACGAUCGACCCAAAGUCCCAGCACUGGAGCCCGGGACUUCCAGCAAGCUGCAGGUUGGUCAGAAGGUCUUUGCCAUUGGAAAUCCAUUUGGUUUAGAUCAAACUCUAACCAACGGUAUCAUCAGUGGCUUGGGUCGCGAGAUGCGCGGCGUCACCGGACGCAUGAUGCGCGGUCUGGUGCAGACAGAUGCAGCCAUCAACCCUGGCAACAGCGGUGGACCGUUACUUGAUGCCCGGGGACGAUUCAUAGGUGUGAACACUAUGAUUGCGAGCCCCUCUGGUGCCUUCGCUGGAGUUGGCUUUGCCAUUCCAUCGGAUACGGUGAACCGAAUCGUGACACAAAUCAUCAAGUACGGCCACGCCAAGCAUGCUUGGAUGGGGAUCUACUUGAGCAUGGAUCAGUGGACAGAGAAACUUUCCAGAUCUCUGGAGCGACAGGGCAUGCCACGGAUCCAAGGGGCACUCGUGCUCAAUGUUGAGCCUGGCAGCCCUGCAGAGCUUGCAGGGCUGAGGCCUACCCUUCAAAGCCAACAGGGGAUCCUACUGGGCGAUGAGAUUCUGGCGGUGGAUGGGAAGGAGGUGAAAUCCUCUGAUGAUAUCGCGGCACUGGUGGAUGACAAAGGUAUUGGCGAGACGGUGGAGGUCACGUUUCUUCGCCGCCAGCGCCGUGUAGAGAAGCUGACCACCAAACUGACCCUGACGGAACGGCCGAAGCGGACGCACGUCGCAAGCACGGCGCGGAGCAACGACCCUGAGGGAGUUCCGGUCGCCAGGCCCAAACUCUAAGCCUCUGGUACCUGACAUUUUUAGGCAGAAAGCCUGAAAAGUCCCAUAGAAAUUGAUCAGAAUCCAGUUGCGAUGGCUGGGGGUUAAUCCAUAUCAAUCAUGUUGAGACAAGAAUGCAAAUGGAAUUCACUGUCCCUUUUGGGGCAGAGGAUCACCGCAGUGAAGAAACAUCUGGGAUAUACCACGGACAUAGCUUGAGAAUUUUUAAGAUAUUUAAAGAUAUCUUGAUUCAAUCGCAUACCUCAAAAUGCUCACCAGAGGGCCUCUGCAUUUCUCGAGUACAGUUGGAACUGCCCUCCGCAGGCCUCCCAUUCAGGCGCAGUGUCAUAGUUCUAGGAUGGUACAGUGUACAGCAAAAAUCAGCCGAAGACUUGUCCCACCAAAGACUCGGAGAAGAUCGCAGGAAA